UUCACAGCGUUUCACUCUAUCCUGACUGGAGUACUUUGCCGGGAAGCAGCAUCUGUGUGUGAGUGAGCACUGCUGGAUAAUUACUGUGAUAUGAUUAAAAGAGAAUGCUAGAUAGGGCUAGAUUGGCAGGGUCUGGAAAGAUUUCUGUAUAUUUGUGGUUUUGCUGUGUGAAUAGUGAUUGAUAUAUGACAUGAUAAUUUGUUGGUGAAUUUGUAUUGUUGUGAGGAUGUUUAGUAAGUCCUAUGAAAUCAGUGAUUUUCAGGGUUAAUUUAGGGUGACAUAAAUAUAAUAGUCAACAAAGUCAACAUUUAAUGAUUAUUUCCUUUUUUACUGUAAAUGGUCAUUUAUAGAGCAUUUGUUGUGGUGGUACUCUUUUUAAGUGCAUUUUUUCUAUAUGAUAUACACAGUAUUUUGGACUUUUAGUACCUUUUUUCAUAGAACAGAUAGAUGUGAUGUAUAGGUUUUAAAGAUCUGUAUGAUAUACACAGUAUUUUCAACUUUUACUAGUACCUUUUUAACUAUAACACAUCUAGAAUCAGUGUAUAAGCUUUGAAUGUCUGUCAUAAAUUGUGGAUUAAUGAUCAGUAUUAGAAUGCUUAUCUAAGGGCUUAGCACAUCUGACUCUGUGUAAAAGGAAACAGGAAACCUCACACACAGUCAUGCUUCAGGUUUUGCUCCUCCUGGCAACACUUAUUGCUUGUCCACCCAGUCACGCCCACUAUAUGAGCUCUGCUCCCCUUAUUAUCCAGUAUCAGGUCUGGGAGGAACAGCCCUCAGGGACAAGGGUGGGCCGCCUCCUUGAUGACCUGCGUCAGCGCGGUGAGACCGGGUCACUUGAAAACUUUCAGGUCGUGCAGCAUGGGCAUGCCCUACCAGUCACAGUUGCUGGAAGAGAUGGCACCAUUUCAACACUAGGUAGGCUGGACCGAGAAGAGCUGUGCUGGGGAACAGAACUCUGUGAACUGGCCUUUAGCAUCCUCUACAGAAAGGCUGGUGCUAUGCACUUCCUUUCGGUUCGUGUGGAGGUGAUGGACCUAAAUGACCACAGCCCAGUCUUCCCAAGCCCAGUCCAGGAGGUCGAGAUCUCUGAGACCGCCACACUGAGAAUGCGCAUCCCUCUUGACCAUGCUGUAGAUCCAGAUUCUGGACCUAAUGGCCUGCAAACCUACUCGUUAUCUUCCAACCAGAACUUUGCUUUGGAUGUCCAUACCUCUGGAGGGACCAAGCAGGCUGAAUUGGUUGUCAUCAAAGAGUUAGACAGGGAGUUGCAGUCAUCUUUUGAAUUGAUUCUAAUGGCCUGGGACAAAGGGAACCCUCCCAAGUCAGGCAGCACAAAAGUUAUAGUCACAAUUCUGGACUCCAACGAUAACAGCCCUGUAUUUGAUGAUGCCCCACCAGUUAUUGAGAUGACAGAGGACACAGUUAAUGGGACGAUUGUCAUUAAUCUCCAUGCAACAGAUCCUGAUCAAGGUGCUAAUGGGGAGGUGGAAUAUUCCCUUAGUAAACAUGUCCCAUUAGAAGUCCAAAGACUUUUCAGCAUCCAUCCCAAAACAGGUGCUUUGACUUUACAAGGCCCUUUAGAUUUUGAGGAAAAAAACAUUUAUGAGGUAGACAUCCAAGCACGAGAUCUGGGGCCCAAUGCAAUCCCGUCUCAUCACAAAUUGCAGGUCAGAUUACGAGAUGUCAACGACAAUGCUCCACGGAUACACAUAACAUGGACUCCACCAGAUUCCGCUGUUGCAACUGUGUUAGAGGGGGCACCAAAUGAGACAUUCCUUGCACUUGUAAUGGUGUCUGAUGCUGAUUCAGGGGCAAAUGGCCAGGUACGAGUGCACAUUCUGAAUGACUCUAGCCCCUUUCGUCUCAAGCAAAUCCAUGGAGACAAUUACAUGGUUGUAACAAAUGAUACUCUUGAUCGUGAGAAACAUAUGGUGUAUAACCUCACUGUUCUAGCUCAAGACAGUGGUGAUCCUUCUUUCUCCUGUAUUAAGCAUUUGAUUGUCCAUGUUUUGGAUGAAAACGAUAAUGCACCAGUGUUUACCAAAAGUCACUACCGAAGUGUCUUCAAAGAGAACAACAUACCUGGCUUCCAUUUCUUGACGGUUGAAGCCCAAGAUGUUGACCUGGAUCUCAGUGGAAGGGUAUUAUUCUCCAUUCGGGAGUCAAAUGAACUGGGGACACAAACAGCGUUUUUCUCUGUCCAUCCAAACAGUGGGGCUCUUACUGUCCAGAAAUCUUUAGAUUAUGAGGAAUCACACAACUACUCCUUUAUUGUGGAGGCUGUUGAUCAAGGAUACCCACCAAUGACCAGUAGUGCAACAGUGCUGGUUGAGAUACAGGAUGCUAAUGACAAUUAUCCUGUGAUUCAUGAGCCACUAACCAAGAAGGGUGUUGCAUUGCUAAGUGUCCCAGUGAAUGUGGAAAAAGGGGAGAUUGUGACUGAACUUGGGGAUAAAGGUUUUGAGGGUAGCUUCCACAAACCAAGAAAUGGUUCUUCCUAUAACAAACCCAGGGGUUUUCUGGCCACCACCAUCCAGGCCAGUGAUCCAGAUUCUGGUCUCAAUGGAAAACUACAUUUUAGGAUAACAGAUGGAAACCCUUCCAACAUAUUUGUUAUUGACAAAACUACUGGGCAACUGUAUGUCAACACAUCUAAUGCCACAGAAUUAAUUGACAGAAACUUUAAACUGGGCAUUGCGGUAUCUGAUAUGGGAACACCUGUGCUAACCACAACAACCACUUUUGAAGUGACUUUUAUUAACUUUCGUGACCAUUUCAAGAACUUCUCUCAUGAUAACCAGUCCCAGUACAGUUUUACAAUGCUUUUAGCCAUCUGUCUUGGAUCAACCUGCCUGUUGUUACUUCUUGCUGUUGCACUGGCCAAGACAUUCUGUCGUCCUGCCAAACAGGACAACCAUGCUUAUAACUGUAGACAAGCUGAGUCAAACUACACCAGCCACCCACGGCGGCCUCAAAAGCACAUUCGCAAGACUGACAUCCAGCUGGUACCAGUGCUUAGGGGUCGUAAGGAAACCCCACCUGAAGACGAAGCUGAGGCACUGCCAUCUGCAUCACCCUUGAUGGAAACCCACCUUUCACAGGGCCAGUUUAACCUAACACCAACGCUUGCUCGCAUGGCUCAAAAUCAAGCUUAUUCAGAAAUGGAUGAAAGCUUACCACUUACUCCAAACAAGACACUCAGAAAACCUGGGAGCAUAGAGUGGAAUGGAACACUACCUUACCCAGGAACACCUUAUCGAACCCUGCACAAGACCAGAAAUUCCUCCUCGUCUUUGUCAAACUCACAGGCCAGCACACUACGACGCCAAAGAAAUGAAGUCAAUCCUACUACAAUGGACCCCUCACAAACUAUGGCUUCAGCACACAGUAAUCAGGCUACACUACGGAGACCAAAGACCACUGAAAGAAGAGGAAUGGUGGAAGAGUCCGACCACAGGCUGAUCCUAAGGAACCUUGUUCGACUGUCAAUGACAGCAUUUGCAGAAAAUGGCUCUAUUGAAUUGUCCUCCGCCUCACCUGAAGUGCAACAGGUGUCUCAGCUCUUGUCUCUGCUGCAUCAGGGGCAACUUCAGCCUCGACCAAAUUUUCGUGGCAACAAGUACUCGCACCGAAUUGCCAGAUCGGGGGCUCAGGAUGCUGAUUGGCUGAGCACUAAGGACAGUGGUCAUGGUGAGAGUGAAAUGGGGGAUAUGGACUGGGAAACAGGCAGGGACUCACCUGUGGACCCCUUAUAUGAAGAAGGCCUCAAUAAUCUGCUUCAUUCUGAUGAUGUUUUCUCAGAUGUUCCAGAUCCAGCAUGGAUGGCUCGUCUCUCUCUUCCUCUCACAACUGACUACCACGAAAACCUGUUUGUCCCAGAUGGGCCACCAUCCCCUGAUGGCCACUGCCCCAUGGCUAGCCCUGAUGAUUCUACUUGCUUCUCCACCUUUGGUAAAACCCCAGAUCAGACCAGUGUGCUGGGUGGCAGAGCUCUAAUAUCAGAAGUGAGCUCUCUGUUUGAGAUGCUGUUGACACAGAAAGCUGAUGCUCAGUCUUGCCCGCCUGCAGAUGUACUGUACAGACUCUCAGCAGCUUAUAGACGGUCACUCGGGUUAGACGCACAUGCAAAAGGAGGUAUUGCCCCCUUGCACCACCAAGGGCCAGCUCCCAUAAUACAAUGCUCUAACCCCAUGCCAUAACAGCAAGGAAAAUAUUGAUAUAACAUUUGAUUCCUUGAGUCAUAUCUGUUUGUCUAAGGUGAUCUGCAAAAAACAAGUGACCCCUAAAAACAGUUCAGAAGAUCUUUAUGUUGGCCAGGUCUGUCUGGAACAGGUCAAGGCCAAUACAAUCAAGAACCUUCUAGAUACAGCAGGGUCCAAAAGUCUGAAACAACUAGUACAUUUUAUAUAUAUAUAUAUAUAUAUGUAUAAUUGAAGAAUUUACAUGAAUUUCAGAAUAUAGUAUUUGGUUUGUCUAUCUUAAAAGCACAAUUAGAUCAUAGUGCACAAUCAUAAAUAUUUCCUAAUUAAAAAUUAAAUAAAAACAUCAUAAUGACUUGAAAUCAGUUUAAAAAAUUAUAUAUAUAUAUAUAAACUAUGUGGUCUCAGACUUUUACCCCACUAUGUCUUUCUAAACAAACUUCAUAUUUUUGUAUCCUGUCCUGUGUUGGCAAUGCAUGAUAAGAGUGCAAAUAAUAUUUUUUUUAUAAUAUUUGCCAAAAACAUUUCAUCAUUUUGCAACAAGGUAAAUUCUUUAUAAGUCCUGUGGAUUGGUGCAACUCCUGGACAACAGACAUGAUUCUGUCUUCUCUUUAAGAGGAAAUAGCUCUUUGUAUUCCCUAAAGCGUAAACAACUUAACAAAUCCUGUUUCUGAGGAAUUCACUAAAUGAUCAGGCACAAUGGUCCAAGACGGCAGGAUUUCCUCUGCCAAGCCCAAACAGCUUCUUACGUUGGUUGUUUUCGGUUAUUAAUCUUUCACUGUCUCUUCUUGUGUAAAUACAAUUUUUUAAUUGUUAAAAAAUAUUUCAUGGUCAGUUAAGUUUGAAAUAAUCUAAACACUGUAUAUAAUUAAAUACCAGGUUUGGUGAAGACGGCAAUGCAAGCACUGAAGGCAAAAUCCAGUUAUGCUCUGAAUGUUCCUAUGAAUUUCUUAGGAUAAUGUAAGUUAUGUAUUUCAAAAUAAAGUUGUAGAAUUUUUGCAAUACCAUUUUGUAUAUAAAUGUAGUGGUUUUUGUACGUACAAGUGCUAACACUGUUCAUAAGUGUUAAUCUAAAUCAUAUAAGCGAA